CGUAUCGUUAUGGCGACCGGAGGCGGCGGACUGGCGUCAAACCAUGACAGCCAUGAGGCUGCUUCCAACUUGGUUCAGUGUGGAGCCGCAGCGGGACUGUCAAACAUGCCGGCCUCGUCCUCCACCCCGUCCGGUUCCCCGCCGGUCCCGGGCCUCCACCGGGAGCCGGUGUACAACUGGCAGGCGACGAAAAGCUCCCUGAAGGAGCGCUUCGCCUUCCUCUUCAACAACGAGCUGCUCAGCGACGUCAGGUUCAUUGUGGGCAAAGGCAGGCAGGCCCAGAGGAUACCGGCCCACAAGUUCGUCCUGGCUGCGGGCAGCGCCGUGUUUGAUGCCAUGUUCAACGGAGGCAUGGCCACGACGUCGACCGAAAUCGAGCUCCCUGAUGUGGAGCCCGCAGCCUUCCUCGCGCUGCUCAGGUUCCUCUACUCUGACGAGGUUCACAUAGGUCCAGAGACCGUGAUGACAACUCUGUACACGGCAAAGAAGUACGCUGUUCCUGCCCUGGAGGGUCACUGUGUGGAGUUCCUGACCAAGCACCUCAGAGCAGACAACGCCUUCAUGCUUCUCACUCAGGCAAGGUUAUUUGAUGAGCCUCAACUUGCUACUUUGUGCUUGGACACUAUAGACAAAAGUACUGGGGACGCAAUAAACGCAGAGGGCUUUACAGAUGUUGACCUAGACACCUUAUGUGCUGUGCUAGAAAGAGACACGCUCAGCAUCAGGGAAAACCGUCUGUUUGAGGCCGUGGUACGCUGGGCAGAGGCCGAGUGUUACAGACAACAGCUUCCCCUGACCUCCGAGAACAAGCAGAAAGUUCUGGGGAAAGCUCUCCCCCUCAUCCGCUUCCCACUCAUGACUGUGGAGGAGUUCGCUGCCGGGCCUGCCCAGUCUGGAAUAUUGUUCGAUCGGGAGGUGGUAAAUCUGUUUUUACACUUUACAGUAAACCCCAAACCUCGGGUCGACUACAUUGACAGGCCUCGCUGCUGCCUCAGGGGGGAGGAGUGCAGCAUUAAUAGAUUCCAGCAGGUUGAGAGUCGAUGGGGGUACAGUGGGACCAGCGACAGAAUCAGAUUCAAUGUUAGCAGAAGAAUAUGUAUAGUGGGGUUUGGCUUGUAUGGUUCAAUCCACGGACCCACUGACUAUCAGGUCAACAUACAGAUCAUAGAGAGCGACAAGCGCAUUACUCUGGGACAGAAUGAGACGGGAUUCAGCUGUGAUGGCACAGCCAGCACCUUCCGGGUGAUGUUCAAAGAACCCGUGGAAAUCCUUCCAAAUGUCAGCUACACUGCAUGUGCCACCCUAAAGGGUCCAGAUUCGCAUUACGGCACCAAAGGUUUGAAGAAAAUCACCCAGGAGUCGGCAACAGGGACCAAGACGACAUUUCUCUUUUUUAGUUCACCUGGAAAUAACAACGGCACAUCAGUGGAAGACGGACAGAUACCAGAGAUCAUCUACUACUCAUAA